AUGGAUAAGUGGAGUAUCUAUGACAAUAUGAAUUUAUCAACUUCUCCAUGUCACUAUGUAGCAAUUAGAAACACUAUUUUGAGUAGAAUAUCUGGUGAAUGUGAUCAAAGUGUCUGUACAUUGCGUCUUGGAAUGCUUGUUGAAGCUAAAGAGAUCCAAUCAGAUGGUGGACUCAGGAUUCGUGUUAACGAUACGAAUAAUGCUGAUAUCUGGCAUAAAACAGAGUGGAAAUGUCACAGAAUUGAUUUAACACCUGUACCACAAAUAGUAUGGUAUUUCUUAGCAGCCGUCCAAGCUCCAAAUGAAAGGGUUCGAUUAGCUAUGGAUACUAAAUUUUGUGAGGACGUUAGUAAUUUAAAAAUAAACAAUCAAGUUUGGUUCAAUCCAGAAUCGAACUCAGCAAAUAAACAUUUAGCUGUAAUUAAAUUCAUAGGGGCAGUUUCAGAACUAGGUCCAGGAUUUUAUUUUGGACUAGAUUUAUUGGAUAAACCAGACAGUAUCCGAACAUCACUUGUGGCGAAAAAACAUUUUGCAGAAUCAUCAAACAAUAGCACCUUUGCUACACUCCUUAAUAUUCAACCAAUAAAUCAUGAUGAUAUCAACCAUGCAUCUUUUAAUGCUAAUGCUAAACUAUCAUCAAAUGAAAUUGAAUCGUCCUGGUCGAAACAAUUAGAUGGUUUUGUUAAUAGCACUACCAAUAACCACACAAUCAAUGAUAAAGGCAUACGACAUGAAUCAAAUGUUGUUACUUCAAAACAACUAAUCAAUUUUGAAGAUAAAAAUAAUAAUAAUCACAAUAACAACAAUAAUAGAGAAUCAGAAAGUUUUGGCUUUAAUGAUGCAUUACUACCGAAGAUUAUUCAUCAAUCAGUAAAGUCAAGCAUACUACAUAGUGAUGAUGGAAUCAAUUUAAAGAAAAGUUUAAAUAAGUGUAAUUUCAUUCCAAUAGAUAAUUUAUUAACAAAAUAUGAUAACAAUCAAAUGAUUCGAAAAGGUAAUGACAAACCUUUUGAUUUGGGAACCAAAGUUGAAGUUCUUGUCGGUUCUGAAUUACGACAUGGAGUCAUUCGAUGGAUCGACAAUGUACCGGGAAGUAAUACUGGAAAAAUUAUGGCAGCUAUUGAAUUUAAAGAUGAGCCUGAUUUACAAAACACAGAUGAAGUGUACAAUGAGUUAAAACAUUUUAAUAUUAAAUUAAAUAGAUCAUGUUACGGAGAUUCUCAAACUUUUAUACAACCUAACAUAACAUCUAAAGACGAUUCAUUAUUAAGAAUCAAUGAUGAUAAUUUAAGUAAAUCUGAAAAUUUGAUAGUUAAAGGUAUUGUAAAACCUAUAUGUGUCGAAGAUGGUCUUGAAAAUAUAUGUGGUAAAUAUCGUGGCAUUCAAGGCCAUCAUAAUUCAUGUUAUUUAGACGCUACAUUAUUCAGUAUGUUUGCUUUCACAAGUGUUUUUGAUAACUUGCUUUUCAGACCUCCAACUGAAAAAGACUGCGCACAAUAUGAACAAGUACAGCGAGUAUUACGAGAAGACAUUGUAAAUCCUCUAAGAAAGAAUGUUUUUGUACACGCAAAUAGUGUAAUGAAACUACGAACAUUGCUUGAAAAAUUGUCAUCGGUAUCUGGUUUAACUAGUGAAGAAAAAGAUCCGGAAGAAUUUCUCACUUCACUAGUUGCUCAAAUAUUAAAUGCAGAGCCUUUUUUAAAGUUAAGCUCUGGUCAAGAUGCGUAUCAUUAUCAACUUUUUGUUGAAAAAGAUGAUCACUUAAAUUUACCUACAGUACAACAAUUACUCGAACAAAGCUUUUUAACGAGUAAUAUUAGACUAAAAGAGGUUCCAUCAUGCUUAAUAAUACAAAUGCCGCGUUUUGGAAAAUCAUAUAAAAUGUACUCAAAAAUUCAGCCUACACUUUUACUUGAUGUCACGGAUAUUAUCGAAGAUUCUCCAAGGCAAUGUACAGUCUGUGGAAAGUUAGCUGAAUAUGAAUGCAAAGAAUGCUAUGGUCAACGGGGAUUAGGUUUGGAAAGUAUUGCUUUCUGUACUUCUUGUUUAGAUCAAGUACAUCGGCAUGAAAGAAGAACAAACCAUGCAUCUACAAAAUUGAACGUACCCACUGAAUUUAAAAUUUUACAAGAACAUUGUCCAGUUCCACGCCUUUUUUUGGAACUAUCAGCUGUAGUCUGCAUUGAGACAUCUCAUUAUGUGUCAUUUGUAAAAUGUGGAUCGGGCUCUGAAGCACCAUGGUGCUUUUUCGAUUCAAUGGCUGAUCGCAAAGGCGAACAAAAUGGAUUCAAUAUACCUGAAAUGGUAUCAUGUCCAGAUUUUCCAUACUGGCUAAGUGAAGAUGGAGCGAAAAAAGCUGAAUCCACUGAUGAUCGACAAUUACCGGAAUAUGCUAAAAGGCUUCUUUGCGAUGCUUACAUGUGCAUGUAUCAAUCAUCGGAUGUGAUGAUGUAUAAGUAA